AAGGUGCUGUUGCUGACAGUUUAGGCUGGGAGAUUUCCCGGUGAACUCUGCUAAUAUUAAUAUGAUGAUUUCAGCCUGUACUCAAUGCUUGUCUAGAAUGACAAUUAUUUAGUAUCCUGUUCGUCUUCAACUUCUGAUAUGACCUCAAACUUCUAUAGAAUUUGUACAAGCUAACUGUCCAGAUCUUGCUGUUAAGCAUUGAUCUCAAGCUUCCACCUAUGCCAGCUGCAGAGGUUAAAGUCAUUUUCUCGUGCUUGAGAUGGAAGGUGUCGUGUGCUAUACAGAAUUCUAUUUGCAACUACUGAAAAAAUCAGACCUUGUUUUUGGAAGUUGUAAAGGCCAAAUAUUUAGUUAGGAUAUGCAUAGAUGUUAAUCUAAUUUAGGUGAGGUGUGUGUAGUCACAGAAUGGCUGGGGCUUGUUUAUAACAGUUAGCAAGCUACAGGUCCCCUGGACCCAUUGCCUUUGCUAGGAAUCAAACGUCAGGCCAGUAGGAUACGGUCAGGAUGUCUUGUAAGUCUCCCUGUUGCUGGUUGUCCAUGUUGGGGUUUUGUUCAUAACCGACCUGAUCUUACGUUUCUAGUUGUCUUCACUUGGCAGGAGAUAAAAUCCUUCCCCAAAUGAAGGGGAACUGUUUCCUUCCCAUAGCUGUGCAGAAUUUUUCAGUCACUUUGUCAGGUGUGUGUGGUUUCAGCGCAGCAUGGCUGUGGUCAUCCGCUUGCAAGGUCUCCCGAUUGUGGCGGGGACCAUGGACAUUCGCCACUUCUUCUCUGGAUUGACCAUUCCCGAUGGGGGCGUGCAUAUUGUAGGGGGUGAACUGGGUGAGGCUUUCAUCGUUUUUGCCACUGAUGAAGAUGCAAGGCUUGGUAUGAUGCGCACAGGUGGUACCAUUAAAGGGUCAAAAGUGACGCUGCUGCUGAGCAGUAAAACGGAAAUGCAGAACAUGAUAGAGCUCAGUCGUAGGCGUUUCGAAACUGCCAAUCUAGAUAUGCCACCGGCGAACGCGAGCAGGUCGGGACCACCACCUAGUUCUGGAAUGAGUGGCAGGGUUAACUUACCUACUACUGUACCUAACUUUAAUAACCCUUCUCCUAGUGUAGUAACUGCUUCUACUACAGUGCAUGAGAGCAAUAAAAACAUAUCCACAUUUUCUACUGCCAGUAUGGGGACUGCACCUCCAAAUCUUGGCAGUACCUUUGGUAGUCCAACCUUUAGCUCGACUAUACCUAGCACAGCGUCCCCAAUGAACACAGUACCUCCUCCACCAAUCCCUCCUAUCCCAGCUAUGCCAUCUUUGCCACCAAUGCCUUCUAUUCCCCCCAUACCUGUUCCCCCUCCUGUACCCACACUGCCUCCUGUUCCUCCAGUCCCUCCGAUUCCCCCUGUGCCCCCUGUGCCUCCCAUGACCCCUCUGCCUCCCAUAUCAGGAAUGCCUCCUAUGAAUCCUCCACCUGUAGCACCCUUACCCACUGGAAUGAAUGGGUCUGGAGCAGCAGUGAAUAUGAACAGCGGCUUGAAUCCAUUGUUUAUCGGUCCCAUGAAUCCUGUAAAUCCUAUCCAGAUGAAUUCUCAAGGUAGUGUCAAGCCAAUUCCAAUCAAUCCCGAUGACUUGUAUGUCAGCGUACAUGGAAUGCCCUUUUCUGCAACAGAAUCUGACGUGAAAGACUUUUUCCUUGGGCUCCGUGUGGAUGCGAUCCAUAUGCUGAAGGAUCAUGUAGGUCGAAAUAAUGGAAAUGGACUAGUUAAGUUUUUUUCUCCUCAAGAUACGUUUGAAGCACUGAAGCGAAACAGAAUGCUGAUGAUUCAGCGCUAUGUUGAAGUUAGUCCUGCAACAGAGAGGCAGUGGGUGGCUGCUGGAGGCCACAUAACUUUCAAGCAAACCAUGGGUCCCUCUGGGCAGGCACAUCCUCCUCCCCAGCCUCACCCUAGGUCCAAAUCUCCCGGUGGGCAGAAAAGGUCACGGUCGAGAUCUCCCCACGAGCACGGUUUCUGUGUUUAUUUGAAAGGUCUCCCUUUCGAAUCGGAGAACAAACACGUGAUAGAUUUUUUUAAAAAGCUGGAUAUAGUCGAAGACAGCAUUUAUAUAGCUUAUGGACCUAAUGGGAAGGCAAUUGGAGAGGGGUUUGUUGAGUUCAGGAACGAGGCUGAUUAUAAAGCAGCUUUGUGCCAUCAUAAGCAGUACAUAGGGAAUCGCUUUAUUCAGGUUCAUCCAAUUACUAAAAAGGCGAUGUUAGAAAAGAUAGAUCUGAUUCGGAAACGAUUGCAGAACUUCAGCUAUGACCAGAGAGAAAUCCUGAUGAACGCUGAGGGAGAACCAGGCCUGCCAAAAUUGUGCGCACAUAUAUCUAAUAUCCCAUACAACAUAACAAAAAUGGAAAUCCUGCAGUUUCUAGAGGGACUGGCAGUAGAAGAAAGCUCUGUACAAAUCCUUGUUGAUAAUAAUGGGCAAGGUUUAGGCCAAGCUCUGGUUCAGUUUAAAGCUGAAGAUGAUGCUCGUAAGGCAGAGCGUUUGCACCGUAAAAAACUGAACGGAAGAGACGUUAAUUUGCGUUUGAUAACUGUAGAAGAAAUGAGAGAUAUCGAGAGAAACCCACCAUCUCAAGGGAAAAAGAUCCUGAAAAUCCCGAUGCAAGGAAACGCGGCUGUGCCAGGAGCGCCGGGCCCCGGUGGGGAUGAGCAUGCCUUCUUGGGGGGAAAUGCUAAAGAAGCAAACAAUGGGCCUCCCUUCAACUUCCCCGGUAACUUCAGCGGCUCUGGCACGUUCGGUCCCCCUCUGCCACCUCCCGGGAUCGGUGGCUUUCCUGAUUCUAGACCAGGAAUACCUGCAGUUGCAGCCAGUAGUUUACCCGGUGCAAGUAUCGAGGUGCCAGCUUUUGCUGGCGGUCCUGCUAAUUUGAGUGGGCCGGCAGGUUUUGCAGGGGGCCCUCAGACGUUCGGUAAUGGUCCUGGCAAUUUAAGUGGGCCCCCUGCCUUUGGUGCCGGUCCUCCAGGCAUUGCUGGCGGUCUUGGACAUUUAAGUGGACCUCCGGGGUUUGGGCCCGGACCAGGAAACAUACAUAUUAGUGGACCCCCAGGUUUUGGAACGGGCUCUGGGAAGCCAGGGCCAACUGUCAUCAAAGUGCAGAAUAUGCCCUUUACUGUUUCGGUCGAUGAAAUUUUGGAUUUCUUUUAUGGUUACCAAGUGAUCCCCGGUUCAGUGUGCUUAAAAUACAAUGAGAAGGGCAUGCCCACUGGAGAAGCAAUGGUUGCAUUUGAGUCUCGUGAUGAAGCUAUGGCAGCUGUUGUUGAUUUAAAUGACAGACCUAUAGGCUCCAGAAAAGUAAAACUUGUUUUAGGGUAGCUGUUCAUCUGAAGUAGUUGUAGAAUAGAUAUUCAUAGUGCUGUGAUAAAUGCAUCUGGAUUGGUUUUUAUAGUAUUUCCAGGAUAGAACCUGUGGAUUGUUUAAAUUGUACAACAGAUUGGUUUUGAUAAGGCAGAGCACUGGGUUAGCCAUGACGUGAGAAACACUGCGAGGAGAGAUGUGCAGUGGAUUUUCCCCGUGCGAAUACGCGGAGAAGCUGGACAGAUUCUUAUUCACCGUAGAAGUUUGGUAAACUCUCCUGGACACGGUGCUUAUCGGAACCCGGGAGGGGUUGGACAGAGUUUUGGAUAAGGGAAGUAGGUGAAGUCAGUGAAGCUCUUCAGUGGGUGCUCUCGUAAGCCAUUGUAAAAUAGAUAGCUAUUUCUAGAUUUGGUUAAAAGCUGGCUGAAUUUGCUUUGUUUACAGGUCAAAGCUUUGUUUAAAGUCCUGAUUUUAUUCUGCAACUGAAUUCUCAGUGUACACAGAUUAAUUGUUUUGUGUAUGUAUCUUUAUUUUUUCCAAGAUUUUCACUGUAUGAACAGUUGAAUUAUGCCCUUUGCUGAUGUGUCUACCAAACUAAUUCCUAUGAGUAUGAGCAGAAUCGUUCUGUAAAAUUCAAGCUGUUCUUUGUGGUAUAACCUUUAGUUAUUUAUAUAUUGCAAUUAUAACUGUGCAGAAUAAGACUUUUGCCACAAGUAUAGCUAACCUCAAACGUAAAUCAUACGAGUUUUAUAGUACACUUAAAACGUUUCCAGUUGAAAAUAAUCAUUAUUGUUUAAGUAGCUUGAUUUGUUAGGAUCACACGAAUCAGUUGGGGAAGGAUCUUUGACACUAGUUGGAUAUUGAUGUUGUAUUUCUCAUGUGUCUCUUGAACUCCUUACAUAGAGUCUCUGUUAAGAGAACCAAAGUGGUGAUUAUUAGUUGAAGAUUGGAGUCCAGAUAAAGUUUUAAAUUAGGUUAUAAUGAAAGAAACUUGUAUCUUCAGCAACUCUGUUGUGAAUUACUGCUAUGGGUGAAUUCAGAGAUAAAAUUUAUUUUUCUCCAAAACUUGAAAAUACUGAGUUUACUAUAUAUUUUUGCAAUAAAGUUGUGCUGUUGUAUUCAAAGUCUGUAAAGAGUUGCCAUUUUCUUUGUUGUGCAGUGAAGCCUUCCAUGGAGAAACAGAGAAAUGGAAAGGGACUAAUUACUCAAGUAAAAAGUAGAAUUUCUUUGGUUCAUCCUCGCUUGGCUUAUGAUAAAUUUUAAGACUUGGGUAUUGCCUGGAAAAAAAUCCUGCUAUUCCCUGCAAAUCAUUGUACUUAAACAUAGUAAAACUUAACCUGUUUUGGUUUGGUUUUGUUUUUUUUUUUUUUGACCAAGAAAAACAGUGCCUUUUGGUGUUGCAUAUCAUGGAACACUGAAGUGUAUGGGCAGGCAAAAUUGAGAGGUGCAAGUGGCAACAGUUUUAUUCCUGUGGUGUGUAGGAGAGAUUUGCAAACCUGUGCAGCGCUGCAUCCCGAGAGGAUUUCCCAGUACAGGAAUCCGUGGAAGGAUUGUGUAAAGGUGUACUUCAAUAAAGAGGCGGUUGCAUUACACAGAUGCUUCUGUAAUUCAUGAGCAUAAUUUUCUUUUGACAGAUUACUAGGUGGUCCCAUCUUUUGAAAAGUCAUGUGAUUUGUAUAUACUGUUUAAAAUUAAGCCUCCUGUUAAUAAAACUGUCUGUCUCUGAAGCUCCAUGUUAUGCGUUUCAACAGUCUUUGGGAGUGAUGUUUCAACAGCAGAUCUUUGUUUCUUUUUUUUUUUUCCCCCCCUCUGAAAGUCUGAAAGUACUCUUGCUGAUGUCAGAAAGAUGUGUGAUUAGGAGUCAAGUCUUUCAGUUUAUUUUUAAAAUUUUGCUCUUUGUUUUUUAAGCAACUUUUAUUAAAGUUUCAUACUAUAUUGGAGUUAUUUGGGUGCUUGUUUUUUCAUGUUUCACAUUAGAAUAAAAUGACUGAAAAGGAAAA